CACUAUUGUCAGCAUGAUGUGUACGAAUCCCAUUGAUGUAAACGCUAUGUUAUUUUUCGUGUAAACGUAAUGUAAGUGUAAAGUACCAUAUUUUGUUAGGUAAAAUACUAAUAUAAGCACCAGAACUGCAAGACGUCACAUGAGGAGUCCAAUUGCAAACCCUGCUAAGUCACUUUAGAUUGAUUUUGAGAAAAACACAUUUUUCUAAAACACAAUGACAAUGAUGCGUUAAUCCUAGGAUUUUGGUUUUUGUUCCAGUUGAAAGAUUAGCUGUAAAUUAUAUAUUUUUAAACAUAAAAUAUAGUUAAAUGGGCAUUUUUGCAUUUAUAAUGCAUUAUAAAGUUAUUACUUAGCAGGUUUUGAAAAUGUUUACAUACUUAGCAGCUUUUGAAAGAGUUUAAAAAUAUACUUUGCAACUUUUGAUAGAGGUUUAAAAUACUUAUUAACUUAUGAUGAGGAUUUGAAAAUGGUCUAACUCACUUAGACUUAGGAAGUUUGACAGCACAUAACAAAUUUUAAAGAUAUAGAGGGGGGUGCUCUUUUACAUUUUCUUUAAACUGUACUGCAUGAUUUUAAUGAACCUUAAUCUUAUAUUAGGGUACCUUAUUGACCUUAUCCAGCAACACAUACAAUUGCUAUAAGUAUACGAAGUGGUUAUGCGCAGCCGACUGCGUAUAACCCUGAGAGUUAUACGCAGUCGGCAAGUCACGUGAGAUCAAUAUUCUUCCUUUGUUACAGUUACAGUAUCGAUUGAUAAAGGUGUUUCGUUAUCAGGGUGACUGCGUGGUCAAACGGUAUAAACUGAGCGAAUUAAAAUUAAGUUGGAGGUCUCGAGUUCAAUUCCAGCCAAAAGCCAGCCAUGCAGUGGCGUAGCUAGGGUUGGUGUCACCCGGUGCGGUAAACUCAUGGUGUCAACCCCCACCCCCCCAUACCCUUCCAUGAUGGAUUUCUUCUUGUUAAAAUAAGUCCACAGUCUAAUAAUGACAAGAACAAAAACACAUAAAUUGAAGGGUCAUGAGGUCAAUGUAUUUAAAAACUGUAACAACGUUAAGUUAUAGUUUUUUCUUUUUUUUACAUUAAAUUUACUUCAUUUAAAAUGUUGCUUUUCUUUGUCUUCAAAGCUGCAAACUUGUCAAUCACUUGUUCAAAAUCAAUAUCCUUCACUGUAUCACUUUCAAUUAAUAGCAGAGCCACAUCAGAAAGCCUAGACUUUCCCAGGGUGGAUCAUAAAUAUUUAUUGAAAGCCUUAGUUUUUAAAAGCUCCGCUCACAAGGCCUAGCGAGAGCAUUGGAAGAAAUUCAAGAAAGUCCCAUUCAGCUAUGAAUUUCAAAACAUCAAAUACUGACCAGUCCAUGACUUUGUGAAAUUCAAUUUAAGCUGCCUUUAGAUGUUUUCUAAGCCUUGGUAUUUCUUUUAAAAGUUCAUCUUCUGAUAAAUCAUCAUAGAAAUAAGUUAUUUUUGGCACGGACACCAAAAACUCUUCUUCACUUGCUGAUACUAGACUCUUGGGUUGAACAGCCCCAAGCAUAUCUGCUACUUCCUUGAUCGCUGAUGAUCUAAUCUGGAGUUCAGAAUGAAAGCGAUCAAUACACAGCAGCAGAAAGAGUCCAGCAUUUAUUAAUUGUUCUCCUGCCAUUCCCUUUUUAAACCUUAAUCUUCUCUCUACCAAAAUUCAACAUUUAGUGCCUUUUCAAUAGCAUGUUCCCCCAAGUCCCAAGUGACAGAGCUAGUCGUGCAGAAAGAAUCUGAAGGCCUCUAUGUUUGUCACCACUUUGUCAAGAGUAAAGCCUUUAGUCUGCAGAUACUGCUGUGUAAGAUUAACUGCCUCAAGUAGAUCAGACCAAAGGUAAUGAUAGCAGAUAAACACAUCCAUUAAAAAUCGCUUUAUUAUUAUUUCUUUUCGGAUUGGCCUGAAAACCUCCAUGGAUUCAAAACAUUUUGGCAGCAUUAUCGUAACCUUUAGCUCUGAACAUCAUUAUGUCUAGUCCAUCACAUUCUAGAUUUGUAAGAAUGUUAAAACUGAGGUCAUCAGCUUUUCCCUCUUAACGGGAAAAAUGUAAGAAACACUUCUCUCACUUCAACUUUCCCAUUGUGGAUUUUCCCAUAUCUGAUCACUUUAGACAUCAUGUCACUGUGUGAUAUAUCAGGUUUGAACAUAAUUUCAAAAUACCUCACAGCUUUUAUAUCCAUGAUAGAAUCUCCUUCACAUGAUUUGUAAGGACAUUUAUAAAUUCAUUUUGGAUUUCUGGUGAAAGGUAAAAUGCGGAUGCUUUUUCUGUAGAUGUACUCCUCUUUAGUCUCAUUUUUUGCUCUUUUACCACUGGGUCAUAUUUAGAUAGUAUCCCAACUAUUUCUAGAAAGUUUCAGUGAAGAUUCAUCUUCGUUGUGGCCACGAAAUGCCAGAUUUUGCUUUGCAAGAAACAAUGUGACAUCCAGCAAAUGUCAAGGGGCGAUACUAGUGACGAAUCGGGGAAAAUAUUUAUUUUUUAAUAUUUCUGGGUUUCGAUUUAUAAUAUUAUAUAUCUCUUCAAAAAAACUUAUUUAAAUUUAAAUACAUAAGAAUUAAUCAUUAAAAGAUUGAAAAUUGUGUAAAAAUAAUAUAAUUUUUAACCCUAUAAAUGGAUAAAAAAUCAUUUUCAAUGUGUUUUCUUUUUAUCGACAUGAUCGUAUUUGGUAUCAAUGUAAAGCCCAAUUUCUCCGAAUUCAGAUAAAUAUAGCAUCCUGUCGCUUACGCAAGUUACAGAACAUUUCAAUCGUAGUGGAAUAAUGACUGUGAUUCUGACCUAAACAUAGGGUCAUCUCAUUUCUGAACCUUGAACUUUUAAUAAAGCACGCAUUAAUUUUGGAUUGUUUACAUUUGUAAAAAAAUGUAUACCUGAUCUGUUAUCCUUUUAUAUUUCUAGGUUAGACUGAGCUCUGUAAAUAUGCAAUUUUUCAAUCGGGUGUCACCCCUAAAAUGGUGUCAUCCGGUGCGGUCCGCACCCCCCUCACUACGCCACUGCAGCCAUGAAUAUGUGUUAGUUGUUAUGAUUGUUCUCGAGAUGAAGCAAAAACAGCUAGGCUCAUUGUUUUAUUUUGUUUUGGCUAAAAAAUGUUAAAACAUGAUACGAAUUAUUAACUUGACCAAUGUAUGUUGUUAAUAAUGUUAUUCUUAUAAUUAUCAAAUAUAUGUUUGUGUUGUUAACAUAUGUUGUGUGUUGUUAACUAAUUUUGUGGCAGAUAAAAUCAUGUUUCUCUGGUACAGUAAUAAAUUAUAUAAUCAGGGGUGGAGAGUAGCAGAAAAAAAAUAGCUGUAGGGGCAGGGGGUUCUGUAGAGGGGGCACUUUAAGUAAUACUUUCACACAGUUAUAGUUUUGCAUGGAAGCUUAAAACUGUUACAUUUAGGUCACCAAAAAUAAAUAAAAAUUAUAAAUAAUAUAAUUUUUUUAAAAAUAAAUAGAAUAUAUUUCCUGAAUUAGUAAGUAAAACCAACCACAUGAUGGUCAUAGCAACAUAUAAAAACCUAAUCAAUCAGAAUACAGAACUAGACUUAGAACAAAAAAAACUAAUCAAUCAGAAUACAGAACUAGUCUUAGACAUUAAAAGUUAGAGUUCAAAACAACUCAUCAUGCAGCUAUUUACGCAUAAUACUUUUUUAAAAUUGCCAAACUAGUGGUAAUAAACCUUAUUUGGCUAAAUUCCCAGCCGACUGCGUAUAACCCUGAGAGUUAUACGCAGUCGGCUGGGAAUAACCCUCAGGGUUAUACGCAGUCCACUGCGUAUAACUCUCAGGAUUAUACGCAGCCGACUGCGUAUAGCGCUUCCCAUAAGUAUAAUAUCACAACAUAAAGUAACAGUAACAGACAAUAACACAUAAAAUUACUAAAUAAAAACCCAACGUAACAGACAAUAACACAUGCAAUUACUAUAUCACAACAAUAGUCUUUAAUUCAUAAUUAAGUCCUGGGGGGAAAAAAACAAAACAGCACGGGUUGACAAUUUUAUUGGGUUACAUUGGCGUAACAAUAACAAAUCAUUUAAGGUGGGGACGCCUUCCUGCAUAAAGUAAUAAACUUUUAAAAAUUAAACAUUAUCAGCAGAGUCAGCAGAGGGAUCCUUUAAGUCUGGAGUUCUUUUCUUUUUGUAAGUUUUAUUAAAACAACUACUGCCAUUGGCUGGUAACUUAGUAGGGUUUGAAAGUGAAUGCUAAUGCCAAUGCAACUUAGCAGGUUUUGCAAGCCAAUUGUAUUUUUAAAUAGCGAAAUAAGCGAACUUAGCAGGUUUUGAUUUAAAAAACUAGUUAAAUAAUCUGAAAUAGCACUUCAUAGAUGAGCCAAGGGGAUUAACUCAUUUUUUUCAAAAAAUCGACUUAGCAGGGUUUACAAUUGGACUCCUCACAUAAUUAUGUUGAAUCGGCUAUUUUUAAAACUGAAAUAUAAAAAAUGUUGUUACUUUACAAAGUCCUAUCUAUUAUAUAGGUACUUGGGUAAAAAUUUCAAAAUGAAGUUAAAACUUUAAGAGCUAUUUGGUUAGAUAGGGCCUGAAAAAUGCAAUUUAUUGAUACCAAAUUUAUGUUUGUAGUUCAAUUCUAAAGAAAGUUAUAAUUUUUUUCGUGAAUUAUUUUGGGAUAACUCUGUUAAUUGAGACAUAUAGGAAAAUAUAAAAGUGACUAAAAUAAAAAUUGGGCAGAGAUUUGGGGGAGAGAUGUUGGCUAAUAUUAAGGACGGCUGCCACAGCAUCUUUUGAGUGUUUAUUAUAGUUGCAGUGAAUUAGGGUUUAGGUUAUGUUGAGGGAUCGAUUUAGGGUUCAGGUUAGGCAUAGGGAUCGAUUUAGGGAUACAUUCAUGAAAUUCGAUAAAAUAUAGGCUGUUGUCCUUAACAUUUAGCGAGAUGUUAAAAAAGAGCAGUAAAUUGAAGUUAUCUAAUUUUAAUGAAUUAAUUAUUAAUGAAAAUAACCAUAACAAACCAUAUAUAUCCGUGAUCGUCAUAACAUUAUCCAAAAUAUAAUGAAUAAUGGCAAUGGGCUGUUUCAGAUUUAGUGGCCCACGACGACUUUGUUUUGGAUUCACUCCCCUUAUUUUUUUGUUAAAAGAGUUACAUUUUCGGAAUUUAAAUUUUAUUGGUUGAUUAAUUAAUUAUAAUUUUAAAAUUUUGAUUGGUUGGCUCAUUAUCAUAUUUUUUUUCUUCCUUCAUAUUUGAUAUCUUUGGGGUGCCUGUUGGGUGUGUAGAUUUAUUCAUUUUGUGGCUAUAUUUUCGUUGGAACGUGAAAUAAAGUGUGUAAAAAGUGUUUUUCAUGAAACAGUGUUAGUUGGAUUUUCAUUAUUUCUUUAUGUUAUAAUUAUUUUGGGAAUUUUUUUUUUACAUUUUUAAAUUUUUUUUUAUCGUUUUCUUGCCAUGGUUUGUAAAUUCCACAUGUCUUUACUUGUGGCUUUAAGCGUAGUUUUAGGGUUCAGGUUAGAUUUAGGGAUCGAUUUAGGGUUCAGGUUAGGCAUAGGGAUAGAUUUAGGGUUCGGGUUAGGUAUAGGGAUCGAUUUAGGGUUCGGGUUAGGCAUAGGGAUCGAUAAGCGGUUCGGGUUAGGCAUAGGGAUAGAUUUAGGGUUCGGGUUAGGCAUAAGGAUAGACUUAGGGCUCGGGUUAGGCAUAGGAAUAGAUUUAGAGUGAGGGUUAGGAAUAUGGAUAGAUUUAGGGUUUGGGUUAGGCAUUGGAAUCGAUUUAAGACAUUUUUUUCAUAAAUUUUUAAUGUUUUCUUCCUAAUUUUAGGAAACAUGAAUUAUUUUAUUUUUCCAUGACCGCCAUCUUGGUUGCCUCGACCAUUGAACACGUAAAAUUGCGUGUGGGUGAGGCAACCAAGAUGGCGGCCAUGGAAAUAGAGGCGGGCCGCUCUCUCUGAAAUUACAGAAUAAUGUAAUGUAUAUAUUUAUAACAGCUAUCUUAACAAAGGUUAGGUUUAGGAAUACAUUUACUUAGAUUUAGUGACAGAAUUAACUACUUUUCUCAAACAAGAUGGCGGCCAAUAAUGGCAUCCACAAUCACCACUUACCUGUAUCUCUAAACCUAACCUGAACCCUAAAAAUGUAUCCCUAAACCUAACCUGAACCUGUAAUUCCGUAAUGUAUUCCUAGACUAACCUAAACACUAAUUCACGGCAACACCCAAAAAGAUGUGGUGGCAUCGACGACUAUUAUUAGUCGAUAAAUUUUAGGGUUCAGGUUAGGUUUAGGGAUACAUUUACCUAGAUUUAGUGACAGAAUUAACUAGUUUUCUCAACCAAGAUGGCGGCCAAUCAUGGCAUCCACAAUCACCAUUUACCCCCUAUUCCUAACCUGAACCCUAAAUCGAUCCCUAUGUCUAACCUGAACCCUAAAUCGACCCCUCAACCUAACCUAAACCCUAAUUCACUGCAACUAUAAUAAACAAACAAAUGACGCCGUGGGCCGUGCUCUACAUUAGCCAUUAUUUCUGAUUGAAAUUUGUAUUAUCACGUGUAAAGUUAGCCUACUUAUGUCAUAUUCUUUAUAAAAUUUAGUCCAGAUAACACUAACACUAAAUUGUACAGCACUAACUUUGAUUUUUAUCUUUAUAGCCCCCUUUGGUGCAUAGCCGAAAACGAUCCCUCCAUUUUAUUUUUAUUUUUUUAAUGGCCACCAUCUUGGUUGACACAACCAGUUAAUUCUGUCACUAAACCUAAACUAAAUGUAUCCCUAAACCUAGCCUGAACCCUAAAUGUAUCCCUAAACCUAGCCUGAACCCUAAAUGUAUCCCUAAACCUAGCCUGAACCCUAAAUGUAUCCCUAAACCUAGCCUGAACCCUAAAUGUAUCCCUAAACCUAACCUGAACUCUAAAUGUAUCCCUCAACGUAACAUAAAUCCUAAUUCACUGCAACUAUAAUAAUAAACACGCAAAUGGCGUCAUGGGAUGAUCUCUAAGAAUUAGCCCAAUUGGUAAACUGAAAGCAUAUUUACAAAAAAAGAAAUAACAUUUAUAAUAAGGCUGCAACCAGACGUGAGAGGUUGGGAUUAAAAAACAAUUUUUUUGGCAAUCUCUAAAGUCCGGUCCCAAAUUAGUUCCAAUGAUUUUAAGUAAGGAGUAAUCAUAAGUCUUCGGCUUCAUUUAAAAAAAAUUUCAUGUUUGCGUAUAUAUUUCUAUAAAUUUGUUAAAUUAGGGCAGGUAGACCAGCUGCACUGAUAAGCGUUAGAAGUUGAUUGUUUGUUAAAUUUUAUGCACAGCAUUGUGAGCCUAGCCCUAGGCUGGGGUACCACACUACAUAAAAACACUCAUAAUAAUAAUAAAGAUACUGAGAAUAUCAUAAUUAGGGUUUUGAUACCAUUUUUGUGUGAUCGUAUAACCAACCCACUCCCACUAAAAGUUUGCGUUAAAGGAGUUGGCACACAUAAAUUACAAUAUAUUCUUACUUUAUAAAUUGUGUUGCAUUAUUGUAAUGUAUUAACACCAACAGUGUCAGAUGAUGGAUCUUAAAAGCUGGUAAGGACUUUUCCUGGCGUUUAGAAUAAAAUCAAAGGCUACUUGAUAUUUGCAAGAGUGAAUUCUGUGACAUACAGAACAUUGGCAUAGCUAGGGUUGGUGUCACCCUGUGCAGUAAACUCAUGGUGUCAGUCAACCCCCCCCUUUUUUUUUCUUCGUCCUCCACAAUGAAUUUCUUUAUGUUAAAAUAAAUCCACAGUAUAACUUAUAACAAUGACAAUAACAAAAUCAAAUAAAUUGAUGGUCAGGAGGUAAAUUUAUUUACGGACUGUAACAAUGUUAAUUUAUAGUUAUUUUUGGAUCAAAUUUACAAUUUACUUCAUUAAAAAAUUUCUUUUCCGUGGGUUCACUUGUAACGGGUUCGGUUAUCUUGUGUUCAGUUGUCGUAGGUUCAGCUGUCGUGCGUUCAGUUCUCUGAGAACCAAUUAUUUUCGUUGCUACUUCAUAGCUAUAAGUAUAUCAUCAUAUGUGUUUUCAGAUGGCCUUAGGCAAUCCAUGAGAAAGGGUCGUGAGGCCCCGAAAGGGUAUAGUAGAUUAAUAGGCCAUAAUAGUUUAGGCCUAUUUUUAAUAUUCUACCUUGCUUAAUAUUUAAAACUAACCUGGUACAGGAAUAUCAAUUAGUAGACCUGAGGACCAAGGGCUAUAUUUUAUAAUAUAUUAUCACACAUAAAUACAAGUGUUAAUUUGUUUGUUUGUUCCGCAAAAGCUUUUACAUGGAUUGAUGGAUCUAGAAGUCUUGAUCAAACUUGGCACAUGUAUCCAUAAUUAUCAAAAAUCAAAUCCUGUGGGGUUUUGAACUUUUUAUUAUAUUCCUCUUAGGGCCAGGGACCCUAAAUUCGUUUUUUCCCUGAUAUAUGAGCAAUAUAAAUAAAAUUACCAACUACUCCUUCAUAGUACAAAACUUAGUGUUGUUCGUCCGUCGAGGAUUGACGAUGACCAUCGAGUCAUCUAGUGACUGAUGACUUGCGCGGGUGACUUUUGUUUAAAGUGAGGAAGAAUUGCGCAGCGUCAACCUCACUCUCUCGUCCGAGCCCACCAUAUCCAGUGGCAAGACUCUACGUCAAGACGACCAGGGAUGGGUACGGUUGCAGGAAUUGACAUUGUAUGCGCCUUACGGGACUCCAACUCCGGGUUUGAAUUCAGAGUUUCCUUCUCUUAGAUGAGUUGCCGACCAAGGUUAACGAGUCUCAUCCACCCGGGGUGAUGUUUUUGCUUGACCGGCCUUUGGCUGAAAUUGAGGUUUUCUCAGUUUAGACCAUUCAGCCACCCAGUCACCCAUGCAGUGAAUGACCAUGGCGUUCUACGUGUCUGGUCAUGUUCUCAGCGAUUCACACCACUGUGCUGUCUCCGCCUUUUGUCCGUUGACCAAGUAGUGGUUCUUCCGCACAAAAGUCACCCAUGCAGUGAAUGACCAUGGCGUUCUACGUGUCUGGUCAUGUUCUCAGCGAUUCACACCACUGUGCUGUCUCCGCCUUUUGUCCGUUGACCAAGUAGUGGUUCUUCCGCACAAUUUGCCGGAUUCAGUCUUUACAAAACUUAGUAAGCUGACACUUAAUUAUCCAUAUUCAAAUAUCAAAGGUUUUGAAACUCAUUGUCUGCUCCUUUGGAUAAAUAUUGAAAGACUUGGACAACACUACAGGUUCUGUGUGAAUUAAUGGACCUAGUUCUAGUUUGGUAGCAAUACCAGACAUAGUCUUUUUUUAAAUAUAUUGGGAUUUAAAACUAAUAGUAUCCAAUCCAUUUUGAGGCGGGCUAGAAUUUCAGAAAUAUUUAAACCUAUUGUAAUGGACAAUUUCUCAACUUUAACUGCUUUAUUUAUCUUAGGGACUUUUAUAGGGCCCCAAUCUCAGGCAUAACUAAUACAGACAUAUGGACUGGGUCCCACCCGAGCCCCUAUUUUAACAUAAAUGAAUAAUGGAUACAGUUAUGUAUUUAGUUUUAGAAUUUUUCAAAUUCACAGAAUAAUUAUGUUGAAAUUCAUUUUUCAAAGGUUUUGUGGAGGUUGUUAAAUUUAUUCUAGAAUUUAAAAAAAAUAAUUAAAUUCUUUGUUGUUCCACUGGGAUAUGUGAUGGGAUUUAAAAGGUUAUUGAAAUGUUAUAAAUUUCUAUUCAUUUCUAUAGUUUCAUGGGUAUUAUAUCAGUAUCACUGAGACAUUUUUUCAUAAGUUUCAUAAAGUUUCCAGAUUAUUCUAGAAGCUUUGAUUUUUACUAUAAUCUUUUUAAGAUUAUAUCAAUGGCCCUAUCAUGUUUAUUAUUUCUCUUAAACUUUCAAUAAUUUUCCUUGAAUGUUAUGGAAUACGAAUUAAAGAUAGUUUUUGGAAUUUCAAGAAAGUUUGAGAUUAAUUGUUGAUUAUUAAGGCCUAAGCUAUACACAUACAUGAAGUUGAAGGCCCAGGUUACUGUAUACAUUUCUAUGUGUAUUGAUGGAUCUUGGCAAAAGUUUGGUAAAUAUACCUUUGAUAAUCCCACCAGGGAACGAUAUCCCACUGGGAACUUAAUCCAACAAAUGAAUAAGAUCCUAACUGGGAUCAGGAUCCAAAGAAGAAAAAGUAAUCCCACCUGAUAUCAGUAUCAAGACAGAGAAUAGGUCCUAAUGUAAAACAGAUUUCACAGGGAAGAUGAUCCCACUGGUUACGGGAUAAAAAAAUGAACAAAUCAAAUCGGGGAAAGGGAUCCCAGUGGGAAUGGAAUCUCAUCAGGUAUUAAAUCCCAUCAGGAAACUGAAUUCAAAUGUAAAAGAGAACUUUUCAGGGAAAUAGGAACUCAUGGGGAUCCCAAAGGGAAAGGGUCACAUAUGCAUCCCCACACGAGGGGGAACUCAUCAGGAUAUGAUAUCGCCUAUGAAAUGGGAUGCCAUCAUGAUCAGGAAAGAACUAGGAACCAUCAGGAUAUAUAAUCCCAUUUCAAAAUGAGAUUCCAUUGGGACUGGGAAAGGAAUGCAAUAGGUAACAUGAUCCCACCGAUCGCAUCAGGAUAAUCACGAUCUUGAUCAAUUACUAGGAAAUGGGAUCACACCUUGGAAAGAAUCCACUGCCGAUUAAGAUUGGAAAGUAAAUGGGAUCCCUGUGGGAUCAUACAAUAUAAAUGUCUUUUUAAGAGGAGAAAGUGUAAUGAUUUACAGACCCCUUAAUUUUGAUGUUAUCUUAAAUGCUGUAGAAAUAGUUUUUUUCUGAAUGCAAUUGUUGGCCACGCCCCUUCGGGUAUAUUGGCUAGUUAAAUUAAUGAAAUAUAGUCCUAGGUCCUGAAGCUUACUAAUUGAAAAUAUUUUCUGUACCACUUAACUUUUUUUACAUUUAAAAAGAAUAUUUAUAAAUUAUGUUUUAUUUUACUUUUACACCACAUAUUUCAGUCUUCUUUAAUUAUUAUCUACCAGUUUUAUUUUUCAAUUCUGUUUUUGCAAUUUAUCCACACAGGAAAUAAACAUCUUUUGAAAAUCAAGUGGAAGUAAGGCAAAAGCCAAAGGACCUAGAAAAGGAAAAAAAAAUGCUGGCUGUUUUUUUGUGUGCAUUAUUAUGUGUUCCUUUGGCCUUUAUUCAAGGUAAAUUUUCUCAAUCUUACAUUUUAGAGCAUACUAUGUCAUAAUUUAGUACUGUGUUGAAAUGAUUUCUAUUGAUAGCUGUAGGUUGAUACCUCUCAAAUGAGUUAUUCACAUAUUUGUGACUAAGGGUUGUUAUGUUUGAUUCAGUUCACUCACCAAAGGACAUAAUUAUAAUCAUAUUCACUUAUGCAUAUAUAAUAUAUUUCAAUGGAAUCCAUAACAAAAUGUCAUGAAAAGAACAUAUUUAUUUUUUGGCUUUACAACACUUCAUGUAAGUUAAGGAUAUGAGAUACCUUUGCAUAUAAUUUAUAUCUAGGUUCUAUGGACAUUGGCCUGCCUUAUUGCCUAACAUUAUUCAUUAUCAUAAUAUUUGAUUGCUGCGUAACAGACUUUUAUAUCAUCAUGCCGUUAAAAACGUAUAAAUUAAAAAUUAUUUCAAUCAAUGUGCAAGGUCAUUUCAAUGUUUGAAGUGGUUUAUCUAGUCUUUUCCAUUGUGGCUUCUCGUGGCUUAUUCUUCCUGAUGGGUGCUAUAUUUGAAAUGAUAUAAUAAAAAAGGUUAAGAAAGCUGCAAACAAAUAACCCCCAUGAGUAAUUAUUAUUUGCAGAAGCUCCUACAAAUAUUUACGUGAUUCUGCUUAGUUAACUACAUAGGUGUUCUAUUUAUUUUUACCCAACACUUUAAUCAAAAAAAUAUAUUUGCUUUUCUGAGUUUUUUUCAUUAGAAUUAGACAUUUGGGGCAUGGGGAAAACUUGAAUUUGCAAAGCUGCCAAGAAUUGAAAAAAUGUAGGAACCACUAGCAUAGCCGAACAAAAUAAUUAUGUCACAUGCACAGAAAAAUAGUAACAAACAGUAGACUAAAUAUUAAUAUAUAUAUCUUAAUGUCUAUAUAUUAUGUGUUCACUUGUGAAAAAGGAAAACACAAUUUUUUAUUUUUUAAAUAUAUAAAUAGCAAUUAUUAAAAGCUUUAUAGGUCAAUUUUAUUAUUCCUUGUAAAAAAAAUAUUAGGCCUUUAUAACUCUGUAAAGUCCAGUGUUUUUUUUUUUUUUUUUUUUUUUUUUUUUUUUUUUUUUUUUUUUUUUUAAAAAAAAAAAAAAAAAUUUUUUUUUUUUUUUUUAAAAAAAUUUUUAUUUUUUUUUUAAAAAAAAUUUUUUUUUUUUUUUUUUUUUAAAAAAAAAUUUUUUUUUUUUUUUUUUUUUUUUUUUUUUUUGUUUUUGUUUUUUUUAGGUCAACUCACAUACCAGAUAAAAUAAAAAGAGUAUUUAAUUAAUACCCAUCAUGUCACAUAUUCAAUUCUUCAGAAAUUAAUGGGAAAUUCAUAUUUUAUAAACUGUGCUUGAAACUGAUUUUCGUUAUGUUUUCAUUCAUGAUUGAAGGUUGAAAAUGACUAUAUAUUUCAACAACCAUUUUUACACAAACAUGCAGUAGUGUAAGAAGGGGAAAAAACUAGAGAAGAAAUAUUUUUAAAAUUCUUGGUAUUUAUUUCUGCAAGAUGAUGUACAAAAAAAGAAUGUUUCAACUGUAACCAACAUUUAAAAAAAAAAAAUAUGUGUACAUGUCAAAUAGUGUUUUUUAUUGUUAAAUUAAGACAAACAAACAUGCAGUAGUGUAAGAAAGGGAAAAAACUAGAGAAGAAAUAUUUUUAAAAUUCUUGGUAAUUAUUUCUGCAAGAUGAUGUACAAAAAAAGAAUGUUUCAACUGUAACCAACAUUUAAAAAAAAAAAAAUAUGUGUACAUGUCAAAUAGUGUUUUUUAUUGUUAAAUUAAGACUGGUGUACAAAUUGUUCAUAUUCAAAGUUUUAACCCCAUUUUAUAGUAUUUAAAAGUUUUUGUUUAAUAGAACUAUAUUUCAUUACAUUAAAAAAAUAAUUUGAAUAAUUUUGUUUUUAAAUUAUAGCAAUUUUAAUAAAAAAUAAAUACCUAGAAUAAUAUUAAUAGUAAAGCUAGAGCUUACAUCACUGAGUCAAGCUAAAAAAAUACAAAUCCAAUCUAAGAGUCUUAUAAGCUUUGGGGAUGUUCAAGCAAUAAAUCAUUAUUUUCCUUAUUUUGACAGAAAUAGUUUAUCACAUUUCAAAAAUUUAUUACAAUAAAAGUCUGAUGCUCUUUCUUUUCCAGUAAGAUACACUAGGGCAUUGAAUGAGCUCAUUUGCAUACAUCUAAUUAAAGGAAAACAAAUGUAGAGUUCUGUAAUUUUUUUCUUCCAGUAAGUGUACAGGAACUUUUAUUAGCAUUGACGUAUUAAAAAUUUUUCAAUAUUAUCUCAUGACAGAAGAACAGUUUGAAGAAAUUUCCUGUAGAUGAUAAAUUGCAGGUUAGCAUGGCAUUAAAUAAGCUUACCAGAUUUUAUGGAUGCCAAGUAUGGAUACAAAGGCUCAUAGCAUCCGGAACCAUAGCGGGGGUGGUGGGGGGGUGUUGUGCUUGACUUUUUUUGCCCCCCCCCCUCCCUUUCCUAACCCGUACUUACAAGAAACUUUCAGCCCCCAUUACCAUAAAAGCACCAAAGAAAUCAAAUAAUUUAAUAGAUAAUUGUGACGUCACAGGAAUAAAAGGAGUUGCUACCACCGACAUUACGGCCAGCCCACUGGUUCCCAUAUAUAACCGCCGCUCUGAAUGCCAUGUUCCCCUGGGGCAGAGCCAUGAGAAUAGAGCAAAGAGGGCAGUCACAGCAGUCGCCAAUAUCUUUUUUAGAUAAGAUCUUAAUAGUGAAUUGAAAUAUCAACUCCCAUAUACUUAUGAAAGAAGAGGGGUGCCAAAAAUCACCUUUUUUUUUACUGAUCCGCCCCUGGGGCACUUUUUCUAUAAAUUAAGUGGCACCAUUUUCCAGCUUUGAUCCAGGAGCAGCAUUUCCUCUACAGCAAAAAAAACAACAGUAAAAACAAAACGAAAUAAAAAUGCCUCUUAACUGAAAAGUAGUAUCUGAGGGGGCAGCAAAAGUGAAAACCUAAAUUUGUCAUAAAGUGCAGGGAAUCAAAACAUUAUAGGAUCCACUGAACUAGCACAUUGAAGAUAUGGUGGACGAAAUAUUACUGUAAUACAACUACUAUUGAUUUCUAUUGAAGAAAUGUCUAGCGAGUUCAUUUGUGAAAAGAAAUGUCAACAAAAUGACAAUAGUUCCUAUACAGCAUUGCAUGAUAUUUUUACAGCAUUGGAGAUAUAAAUAUGCUAUUUUUGGACUGUCAGAUGUAGCUUAAACUAUUCACUGUGCUUGCCUUGACGGAGAAGUAAGAUAAAACAAAUGGAAAUAAGGCUAGUAAGUCCUCACUUCCAAAAGUAUGGACAAGCCGGUUACCGAGAGGAAAGUAUGGACAAUUACGUAAGCAAAAAUUAGUACAGACAAAGGGGUUGAAAAUACAAACUAUCCGUACUAAAGAUGUCUGGUAACCCUACAUAAAAGCAGGAUUUUAUUGAUAUAGCACACAUAUCACAAUAGUAUAAUUGUUAUGUAUAACGUUUUACACCAUUUCCCUGUGCGUGAACUUUGCUUGAUCUUAAAUUAGAUUCCUAAGCAGAUGCUCGGUUGAUAGAUGGGCGGGGCUAGUUCUUUUGAUCUGUCGUGUUUACCAAUUAAACAUGGUUAGACUGUCUACUAGUAUCUUAUGGAACGUUCUCGAUUGUAUUAGAAAAGUAAGGAUGUUUCUUAACGCGUCGGUAGACUCACAUAUACAAGGGAUUGACAGGAACAUAGAGUGACGGAGAUUGAAAGAUAUUUUUAACUUAACGAGAGCUGUAUUAUUCUUUGUGUACUUAUAUGUGUUUAUUUCGCAUUCAUCAUUAUUAAUUAGCACAUUGUACUAAUUGUGUCCCGGUACAAGAUCUACCAUACUCUGUAAACUGAUGAUUUAUACUUAAACAAAUUUUAUUAAUUGUAAUUACUACUGUUGGGUGUCUUAAUUUUGCUAUUGUUUUUCUAUGCUAUCGUCCUUUGUUUUGCACUGUUUGAACGAGCCAUAACUUAAAACUAGAGAUUAAUUUCUCACAAUAGAAGCCAGUGCCUAACAAUAACUGUAAAAUAAUAUAACUUAUUAAAUAAUUAUUAUAAUGGUAGGAUAAAAAAAAAAGUGUAAUUUUUGGCCAAAGUUAUAAAUCAUAUAUAAAAUUCAAAAUAUAUGGUCUGUAGCAUAUAUCUCAUUCAUUAGAACUGCAAUUAUAAUAUCAAAUAUUCCUUACCUGGAGUUUUAGGGUUUUUUUGCAAAUCAUUUCUUGUUGCCUGCUUUUCAGAACCCAGAAUAUACAGACUAGAGAUCUUUUUUUUUUUUUUAAAGUUAGUGUCUCUUUAUUUAAAAAUAAUUAUUUUGUAUAUUAUAUUUUUAAUCACCUUAAAUUCGUUUUGUUUCUUCUAUGAGCUAUAUUAAUAAAUUUAACUCAUAAUAUCCAUUCGUCUGGGCAGGGCCAAAAUUCAUCUUUCCUUGUAUUAGUUAUAUAAAUACAAAUAGUCUUAGACAACACUACUGGUUCUUUGUGAAUUGAUGGAUCUAGGCCUAACUUUGUCACAUUAUCCUUUAUAGUCCAUAAUGACAUAUGGUGGAUUUAAAAUUAAUAAUAUCCAAUCCAUUCAGCGCCGGUCUUGAAUUUUCCACAAAGUUUGAUAAUAUAGCUAUGGCAUUUUUAAACCCUUAUUUAUGAGACGACUUUUAAAUUUUAACUUUAUUAUUUGUCUGAUUUUUGUAUGGAAAACUUAAUUGGUACAAUUAUGGAAUAGGCCUCGCUGGGACCUCUCUUUUAACUUAUAUGCACUUUAGUUAUAGUAGAGCAUAUUUAGUUGUAUAAUUUUUUCAUAUUUGAAAAAUAAAUACGUAGAAAAGGAAAGUUUUACAUGUUUCGAUAAGAAUAUUAAAUUUAAUCUAGAAUUUUCCAGAAAGUUCUGUAUUGUUCUAAGGUGCUAUAUAAUGGUAUCUAAAAUCUUAUUGAAUUGUAUGUUUAGCUCUUUUCAUUUCUUUGAGGAUUUUCUCUGAACCUACCAUUCAUAAUCCUACUGGAAACAAAAUCUCACAGGAAACAUACCCACCUAAAAGUCGAAAUGCUAUAGAGAAACAGGAUCCCAUUGGAGAAGAGGAUCCCACUGGAAAGUGGACCCCACAGAGAAUGGGAUCCAAAUUGGAUCAGAUUCCUAUUAGGAUCGGAAUCCCUACUUAAUACAGAAUCCCACCAUAAUCGGGACCCACCGGCAAAUGGUACCCCUCUGGGAAAUGGGAUCCAAAGCGGGAAACGGAAUCCACCAGGAUCAGGACCCAAACAAGAAAUGGGAUUUCAUCAGGAUUGUGAUCCCAAUCUUAUCAGGAACCCACAGAGAUCAGGACCCAAUGGGAAACAGGAUCACACAGGUAUCAUGUUCUAACUGGGAUUGGGAUCAAAUAGGGAUCCCACUGAGAUCAGGAUCCAAACCAGGUCGGGAUCCCCCAUGAAAAGGAUACCAUUGGAAAAUGCGAUCCCAUCUGGAAACAGGAUUAUAAAUUUGUUUUUAUAGGAAACAAGUUAAUUAUUUUAUUUUUAUUAUAGAAUUUUUUGGUUAUUUUUACAUGGCGCUUGAUUUCAAUGUUAAUUAAAAUGUUGUAAAAGUCUUUUUUCUGAAUGCAAUACUGGGCAAUGAUGGGUAUUUUGUCUUGUAAAGAUAUAAUUAUAAAAUAUUUAAUUUAGUACUGAAAAUUUUUGGAAGUUUGGUGUUAUGACACAGGAUGGCUUGUUUUCCCUAAAAAUUAUACUUCAAAAAUAUCUUAUGUUAAAAUCAACUUAGCUUUUGUUUCAAUUGGAAUUGUACUCCAAUGUUUCUUAACCUUUACUACACCAUGCAUCACCUAAAAAGGUUUUAUCCCCCUACCCCCUCCCAAUUCCCCUAGUAGAAGAGCUGAAAAAAAAGAAGAGAUUAUCAUGUUGCAGUCUGGUAAAUUGAAUUUAAAUUUUCCUGUGUGUUUAGGCCUUGAGAUUUAACUAUGUAGCGCCAAUGUAGGAUCAAAUUUACAAUAGGGGAAAUAUAUAUUGUUGGCAUUAAAUGACAAACAAUGACAAUAGCUAAUUGAAAGUGCCCCUUUUAACAUUUCUUUUUCUCUCUUUCUAAAUGUAAAUACACUUACUUUUUCAGGAAUUAAUACCCCCCAAACCACCCACCAUUUUAUCUUUAUAUUGGUCCCUUUUCUGCUUUUGCACGAAAAUGGGAAAUUAGGUCAGUGUCUUACUUGGAAUGUUUAUAAGAAUAGUUGUGUUGUUUUUCUUAUGCUGAAAAUGUAAAAAUGUUAUUAAACAUAUUUCAAAUUAUUUACAGCAAUAACAGAUUCUAGUUUUAUUUUAAUAACUCAUUGAAAUACUGAGCCCAUUGAUGAAUCAUACUCUGUCUAUGGUUAAUAUUAUUUACGGUACUUAGUUAAUUUAUAUUAUUUUAACUGCAUUUAGCAUCUGGGAUAUAUAUUUAAUACGAAACUUUUGUUACAAUGUAGACACAAGCACAUUUUUUAAUCAGUAUGUUAUAAUUAUAAGAUUUAAUAUAUUCAUAAAUUGAUCAUAUGAAUUGUUAUUUCAAUUCUAAUUACAGCUUUUAACAAUCAUUAUACAUGUUACUAAAAAUAUUAGAAAAAAUGCAGAAUAAAAAUAUGCCAUGUGAAUACUCAGUACCAAUACUUGUAAGUUUUAAAAAAAUAUGUGUCUGGGCAAAAGCAAUACUUUUCAUUAAUAAAGAAGUUUUCUAUGAAGGACAUUGCUGGACAAAAUAUUAAGAAAAUCAUCUUUUAAUGUUAGAGCUUUUUGGGGAAAAAGCUUUUCCAAAUUUGUUACUGAAAAUUAUGUAUUCUUAUGUUUAGUGCUAAAUACAAUUAUCAAUGUUAAUUAAUAUGUACCCCAUAUUGAAAGAUGAUUUUAUAAUUUUUUUUUACAAUUUACAGGGUUUGAGAAUGGAGCAAAAAUAAAAUUGAAUGAAUACAAGCAAGGUGACAGUGAUACCAGAUGCAAAUAUGGCCUGAUCAGUGGUGUUGAUACAAUUGUGUUUAAAGCUGAUGUUGAUUACAGCAGGGAUACAACAAUGAAAUUUGUGCAGUUUUAUAUACAGCAGAAAACAGAUCCAAUUCCUGUCCUUGUAAGUCAUUUAAAUAAUUUGAACCAUAAACUAUCAAUUUUAGUUAACAGCAGUCAUUGUGGAGUAUGGGAGUUCAUUAAUAAUUGUUGCGACUGAAUAUUAUGUUUCAUUAUGCGGUGUGUGUAUGAAAGAUUAAUUAGUUAAUAAACCCUCUCCCUGCGGUUGACUUAGGGACGUAUUUGUAUGCUCAUAAUGACAUUUUAUCUGUUUUGUGACGUAUGGUAUAUUCGUCUAGCAGUCAUGAAUGGAACUUUGUUGACGAAGGAUGUGUUAGUGCGUUUUAGGCAUGUAUUUAUGGAAUCAACAGUCUGUGAAGUUACAUUAUAUAUUAAAGUUGUAUUUAUUAUGAAAAAUGACUUUAGUAAAUUAGUAUGACAUCAAUAUCAAAACAAAGUGUUGGUGAUUACAAUGCUUAAAUUAGGACUAGGCACUUGCCAUAAUACACUGUGCAGUAAAUAAAUAAUAGAACAAGAUAUGUUUGAAUUUGAAAUAACAGGACAAUUUAACAUAUCUUCUUCCAUUUUUUUUUUUUUUUUUUGACUUUAUUUUAAACAGACUCAUAAAUUUUGUCCUUUUGGAACAUGUUUUAGUUCAAAUUUUUGACAUAGCUUGAACGGUCUUUUAUAUUUUUUCCAUUUUGAAAUAACAGGACAAUUUAACAUAUCUUCUUCCUUUUUUUUUUUUUUUUUUUUGACGUUAGUUUGAACAGACUCAUAAAUAUUGUCCUCUUGGAACAUGUUUUAGUUCAAGAUUUUGACAUAGCUUGAACGGUCUUGUAAAUAUUUUCCCUUUGGAACUUGUUUUAAUUCAAGAUAUUUCUUGCAGUGAUGAUAUAAGCUCAAUUCCUCUCUCAGUUCUCUCAGCUGAUCAGUAUGACACAGAAGACGGUGGAAUCAGUUAAGCACUGGAUGACCACAAACAAGCUCAAAUUGAACAAUGAUAAGACUGAGCUGCUCCCCAUCGCGACCGCUCAGAAGCAAAAAUCCGCAAAUAACACGACAUCAAUUACUCUCUCAGGUGUGCGUAUUGAGUUAGCUCAAACAGUGUGGUACCUGGGUGUCUACCUAGAUAGAAGACUAACCUUGGAAUGUCACAUUAACAUGCUAUGCAAGGCGAUUUUUCUAGAGCUGCGAAGGAUUAGUCACAUCAGGCCCUUCCUAACAAUUGAUGCAACAAAGAGGUUGAUGUCUGCAUUUUUGCUAUCACGCAUGGACUAUUGCAAUGCUCUCAUGGUGGGUCUUCCAGCUACGCUCUUGGAUAAAAUUCAAUUAGCACAGAAUAAUGUGGCUCGCAUUGUUCUUCGCAAACGCAAGUUCGACCAUGCUAAAACACUUCUGAGAGAGCUGCACUGGCUGCCGGUCCUUGCUCGCAUAGAGUACAAAAUCGUUGUGCUACCGCUGCUUACAUAGCCUGGCCAUGUCCUAUCUGAAAGAGCUGCUGACGCCUUAUGUACCCACUAGACAAGACAACUCUGCUCAUCCGACAGUGGCAAACUCUCGACACCACGUGUUCACCUUGAGACUUACAGAAAGCGCACUUUUGCAUUUGCUGGUCCAACAAUUUGGAACACCCAGUCGAUCUCAGAAAAAAUCAGACACUGGAGUCCUUUAAAACUGAUUUAAAGACACAUCUAUUUCGCAAACACCUUCUGGGAUGAUUGUCUACCAUAUUUUCCAUUUAAUGCAUAUUGGCUGUGUUGCUUAGGGUUGCAAUGGGUAGAAAGACUUUGACUUGGUAUGCUUGUAAUCAGUUUUUGUAGUGUUGCGUUUUUUUAAAAUGUGGUAAAUUAUAGAUUUGUUUAUUGUUUUUUUUACUUUGUACCGCGCUUCGAGCUUUUAGGGAUGAAGCGUGUUUUUGAAAUAAACUUUAUUAUUAUUAUUUAAUUCCUAUUAGUUUUAACCAUAUAUGUUAUAAAAUAACAAUUAAUAUGCUAUUUAAAGAACAACUUUAACUUUUGAGAAAUUCAAAUAAAGUUAGUACUUGACUCUUUUUGCUAGAAAUUGUAUUAACCAUGACUGCAGCAUUUUUAUAAGGUGCAUAGCUGCUCAUUGACUUACAUUUGUCCUUAAAAUAUAAAUAACUAUUGUAAUUUAGAGAACAUCCGAGAAAACGUACAAAUGUUUUGCUAGUAUUACUUUUUCUUUGUUGUUGUUGCUCAAUUUUAGCUCUGGUUAAUUUAUUUCUGUAAACCUUAACUAACAUUUCUAUGAUAUGCACACUUUUUUUUUUACACAGCUUAUACAUUCAUGAGUAUUCAUUUCUCAGAUAUAGAUAUAUCUCAGAUAUAGCAAGAUAGAUAAAUCUCAUAUAGAGAUUAGAUUAUUAGAUAUGUUAUAUCUAUAAUGAUUUGAUCAAUAUUUUAAUUAAAAAUAUUGUUUUAUUUCAGUAUAUUGUAUUCAAUUUUCAAGAAAACUGCAAGGGCUAUGACACCUACAGUUGCACACAUACAGGUCCAACUACCUUAGAUAUUGAAAUAAGAGUUAGCGCUUCAAAAGAUUACAGUGGUGCAAAGAUUUAUGGAAAACUAUUUCCCUCAGAAUCUUUUGAGAUAAACAGUGAAUAUCAACGAUUUCCUCAAAUCUAUGGUACAAUAACAUCAUUUCUACUUUUACAUUAUAUAAGGCAUAGAGUGUUUGUUAAUGCUUUCUUAUGAAUUGAUAAAUGAGCACAAAAACUAAAUGGAAAUAUAUUUAGAAAUUACUGAUAACUCAAUUGUAAUAACUACAAGUCAACUUAGUUCUGCUUAUAAUUUUUAAUUUAGUUUGAGUACAUCUACACAUAUUUGCAUUCAUUAUAUGACAAAUGAUCAUGUGAUGGAUGUAGCAUGGUUUUUAUUUGGAAAUUGUCUAGUUUUAUUAGCCAUGCAGCUCUAUACAAUGAACACCAGAUGUGUGUUAGAAAACACAAUUGUGGCAUCAAACUUCCUGAACCUCUCAACUGUUGUGUGGCAUUCUCUUGCCUAAUGUGCAGUAUUCCUUAAUCUACAAAUUUAUUGAAUUUGGUGUUUUCACAUAUGAAAUCUAGUUUCUCUGUAGGUUCUGGUUGCUCCAUUGCUGUGUACUGUGUAAAGCCUGUCAAUGGCAUACUAAAUUCAAUAACACUCUUUAUUGCACCUCUGUAGAGAGCCCUAGAUAGUCAUGCAACUGCUCUCUUGAUGUAAAGAUUUAGUUUGAAGGCUAGAGCCCUCCAUGAUUUGUAGCAUCCUUAGCAAGUAGCUAAGAAAAUAUAGUUUUUUUUAAAAGUUUUUAUUUCAAUUACAAAUUUGUGCACACAUAAAUAUGGGUUGAUACCUUUCCCUGUUUCCAAUAUGACCUUGUAUGCAAUUUCUAUAAAUAUCUAACUCUCCCAAAGUCACCCUCAAUAUUAAUUUGUAAAAGAAUAUCUCUUCUUCUAUACAUUAACGGCCCACAAUCAAUUUAUUGAUCAUUUUGGCUCCUAUGCAUGUAGAGGGGAUUUGCAAUAAUUCUGUGCCUGGUGUUGAUGAGGACAUUUCUUUAAAAUAAACUAAAAACAGCAACUAACAGCCUAGACUGAAAUUUUUUUUAAAAUAUGAAAACCUUUUUUUUUUACAAACAAUAUUAAAACAAUAAACAAAACAUUUCUUGUAAUUAAAGUUUACUCUUUUUUAAUCAAUGCCCUGAAUUAGAAUAUUUAUAGGCCUAGAAGUUAAUAAUUUAGUAACAAGUUUGUUCAUACAAUUCUAAACUAUUCUUUUAAUUAUUAAAUAUAAACACUUAAUAUAAAUAUUGCCAACGUGUUCAUUAAAAAAUGACCUAAUAUUUUUCUUUUUUCAACUUCUUUUAGAUGCCACUGAUGUGUCUGGUAAACUAUUGAUCAAUGGGAAAGAAAUCCUUAUCAACAGUGAAGAUUGUAUGAUCAGGUUAAAUGAACCUGAAAUAAACAUUGUGUUUAACUGUGAGAGUCGAGCGUCUCCAUGCUGGACUAAGAUUUCAACAAAUGAUUCCUCUGCAGAUGCUGUCCAAGGAGUAGGUCUUACUGUAUACAAUAAAAGGCUGGAACAUUUACAAGAUCUAUUCAUCACAAUCAAAUAUGGUGUUUGCAGUUUAAACUUCACUGUCAAUACUAUUGGGUGUAAAAUAAAACAAGGUGAGAUAUAGUGUUGUUUUUUUUACAACAAAGCCAGCUUUUUAGAAGAGUGAAUUUUAAAUGAAUAUCUUGUUUGUCAAUCCAUAUAAGUAAUUUUUACAUCAGCAAAAUUUUAAUUAAUUUUAAAAAAAUAAUUAAAAUCUGAAUUAAAAACGAAAAUAAAUUAAAUUUGCCUUUAUCACCCAUGAAAAAUUUACUGGCCACAUAAAAAAAAAGUUUGAUUUGACCAACCUUGGAUUCCUUAUGCGUAGAAAACAUUUAAAUAACCCAAAGCCUUAUCUUUAUAUUUAAGUAUUGCAAGAUCUUUGUUACUUACUGUUUUUAGGAUAGAGAAUGUAAUCUCUUAUUUGACUAUAUGGCUUAUUGACAAAAAGUACACAACAUAACCUGAUACCAUAAAUUAAAUACAAUACUAAAGAAAACGAUACCUAGGGCUAAUUACAAGUAAUAAUUUGAUGAGGUUAAUUAAAUAUUACAAAAUCAAAAAAAUAUAAAAACUAAAGCUAUUGACUUUCAGAAUUCUACUUAUACAGACCAUUGAUUGUUUUUAAUUGUAAACAAGGUCAAGGGAGACUAUUUUUAAUUAGCCACACCCAAAAGUGGUGCCGAACUUGGAGUAAGCCAAAGUUCAUGUACAGGUAAAGAUGACGUAAGCACAUCAUGUACAUAACAUUGUUAAAUGCUGAAAGAUGCACUUUGCAUGAACAAAUUUGCAUGAAGAUGGUGAACUGCCAGACCUGAGCAUUAUUACAUACACUUAAAAUAACAGUUCAGAAAUUAAUUACAUUAAAAUGACAGAAUUGGAAUUGAAAUGAUACCUUGCAUUAACAGCCAGACCCCCAACUAUUUAAAUAGUUGUAAAUAUUUGUGUUAUAAGUUAUAAUAAAUUCUAUCAUCCAGAUUGUCUUACUUUUCCAUCAUUUUAUUCCAAAUCUCUUUUCUUCUGAUUCAUAUAAUAUCUCUAAUUUUAUUUUCAUUCUUUUCCAUUCUUGCCUUCAAGUUUUUCUUUUCCAAUUAUGUGACCAACUACCAACUAGAGUAAGAUAUUGCGCUCAGUAUAUCUUUAAUACAACUGUCUUGGUUAUUUUCUUUGUCCAUAUGACUCUUCGCUUUCUUGUAGAGAACCACAUUUCUACACUAUCUAAAGAUUAUUUUUGUACGAUCUCAAUCCAUGACAAUAAAGAAAAUAUAGGUUCAAUAUAACAAUAGAUUCUAGUUUUUUAUUGAUGCUAGUAUAUAAUUUAAUUUAAAGCAUUUGUGAUUUCAUUUGGGCAUACCUUUCUUGUAUGUAUUACACCAAUCAUCUCACAUUAUGACAGUCCACAUAUAAUUGAAGGUAUUAACAUGAGCUAACUAAGAUUAAAUUGUGGUUGAUCCUUAUUCUGCAUUCAUGGAUGUUUACAUUGUUUCUUGAUGUGCUGCCACUUAGUCCUUAUAUCUCAUUGACUGUUUCUACCUAAGCCAGUAGUAUAUGUGUAGUCUCUACCUAAGCCAGUAGUGCUUGCAGUCUUUACCUAAGCCAAUAGUAUAUUUGUAGUCUCUACCUAAGCCAGUAGUGCUUAUAGUCUCUAGUUGUUUUCUCUAUUUACAGUGCCUAUAAAUUUUCAACCAUGCAGUAAAAUUCUCACCCAGAUCCAACAUAUAAAUAUACUUAUGACAAAUUUGUUUUCUUUUAUUUAUGGUCUUAAAAAAUAUAAAUGAUGAAAUCCAUCAAUGCCAUCAACAGAACUAAGAACAUCUACAGAGUCUCACAGCAACAAGAUUGAUUUACAGUCACUGUGGAUCAUAAUCAUCUUUGUAUCUAUUGCUACUUUGAUGUCAAUUGCGCUGUUUUUGUUGUAAGUAUCACUUCAAAUUACUUUUGUUGGUUACACAAAUAAAAUUCUGUGUUUGUUUUAAUGGUCCUUUAAUUAUUUAGCCUUAAAAUAGUUUUUUAAAAAACUAAGCCAGCAAGUCUUUGUAUGAUUUAAAAAAGCUGUUAAAAUGAGAAAUAUUGUGGACAAGAUACGUGGCGGUUAUUGAGCCAACAAAAACAUUUUACUUGGUCAGCCAGAUCUGAAUUUUCAAACUUCUUUACAAAAGCUGAGUGUCUCAGAAGACUGCUAUCUGUAAUCAUGUUACAUGAACACAAGCAUUGCAUAUUCUGUCCUAGCAAUGGAGACUUUCUAUUCGCCACUAGAGAAAAGCAAAUAUGUAUGCUGGGAUGGAAAACACAUUGAAAUAGUCUUCUACAUAUUCCUCACAUUAUAUCUGUAAUAUGAAAUUUAGAUCCGCACUAAGUAUGGCACUGAACUGUUCACGAAUACCCAUCUGCCUGUUAAGUCACAAAGCUUAAUAUCUGUCAAAUGAUCUAGUCAACUUCAAAGCCUUAACUUCCCAUUUAGAAAGUCCAUUACAUAAAAAUUAAGGUUCAAUACCUUGUAAAUCACUUUCCUUUAUGAUCAUAAGGACUUUGGACUGGCUCAAAAGAAAACAAAUAUAUGUCACUGUUCAAGAAGCACACUCCCACCAUCUUUGCUUAGAAGUACAUCCAGGAAUUUUUUGAAACUUCACUUAAUUUGUAUUCAUCAUCUUUGGCUCAUUCAUCAUCUUCAAAUGCAUUGUUGAAGAGGUGAAUGUCAAGAUCAUGUCAGUUGCAGCAAGAUUUGCCAUAUUAAUUGUAUUAUUUUGUGUAUAUCUUGUACAGUUUAUAUAUAUUACUUUUAUAAUUGUUAUUUCAGGGUGAUUUUCUGGUACUGGCAUUUGGUAAAGAAAAUAGCAAGAUUAAGAAAGGUAAUUGUAUUUCACAUAGCAUGUCUACUUUAAAUACAUAAAAUUGACUAACUUCUUACUUUAUUUACUUUAAUCUCAAACAUAUUUUAAAAUAAUUGUAAAUAAAUGCCUGGUCUAAUCAUUGUUUCUCAACCUGGUCAUUUACAUUGUGCCACCCUCCUCCCCCAUCUACAUAUAAUGUACAUAAUGAAGGGGACAGGGAGGUGGGUAGAUGACUUUUGAGAUUUUGCAUAGUGGGUGAAGGGGAAUCUUGCCAGAAUGUGUACUUAAUUUUUGCACAAAUUCUGUUCAAAUAACCCAGAAAGUCUGAGCAUCUAUAAAUGGUAUUUUUAUACCUCUAAUAAAACAGUCACAUACUAAUUUGUGAAAUCUAUGAUUUUUAAUUAUGUUCGUAAUCUAUAAAAAUUUUACAAAACUGUUUUUUAAUUAUCAUCAUCCUGUUGCUUUCUACCUUCACAAGUGAACUGGCUAGAUACCGGUUUUAUAACAAAAUAUUUUGGCUUGCAAUAGCUUUAAUUCUGCCUUUUGCUUUGUUAUUUAAUUUGUGACCUAGCCAUUUGUUCAACUUAAACAUUAGUCAGCAACCAAUGAUUCUAUAAUAGAUUCUGCUCCAUUUUUUAAAAAAAAGUGUGGCUCCUAAAAUAUUUUAUUGGCAAUAUCAUAUUUUGAAAUAGCUCAUCACAGACCCCUGUGCUGCAUCAAAGAUUGUAUUUAAAUAGACUGCAGAGAAAGCCUGUUUCACAAGUUUCAACAUGGCUUAUGGUGACUUGGUUUAAUUGCAGUUUAAGUCGCUUGCGAAGUUCCUAAUAUAAAUAGCAUUUCCGAAAUCCCAGAUGUUUUGAAUAUUGUUAAGGUUGCAAUCUCAGUUUGGGAUAACAAAAUAUGUCAUAUAUCUAUCUUACAUAGUUCCGUGCACAUUGUUAAUAUCACACUUGGCAUGUGACAAAUUCCAAGAUUAACAUGACUAACUUAAAAUUCUAUCUACAGUGAGGGUUCUAAGCUAUUAUAUGGAAACUUAUGUGUGUUGAUUGAAAUUUUUUUUUGCGUUUUCUUGAAUAUGGUACUGCAUCAAAUAUUUAACCUUUACCUUAACAUAUCAGAUUCCCAACCCACUUUUUAUCCCUCCAUCUUUCCUUUUAGACCAAAGAAGUAAUAUGCUAGCAUUUUAUUAAUUAAUCUCUUAUGAAUAUAAUAAAUUUCCCUACAUUAGCUAUUUAGAUUUUUUGGAUGAAAAGAUUUAAGACAUUCAUAAGAAAUAUAUUUUUUAAUUAAGAAAAAUGAGAGAAUACGGAGUAAUUCUAUUCCAAAAUACCCAACACACACUAUGUGACUUUUUAUACCUUGCACAUGGUGUACCUUGAUUGAAUGUCACCCAUUAUGAACUCUCACACUCUGUUAUAAUGUGUUGGUAAUGACAUAAACAAAAGUGGAUCCUAAAUAAAAAUAGUACAUAUUAUUUGUUACCAUUUUUAAAUCAAUGGUUUUCCAUACAUAUUAUGUCUGGAUUGGUUAUGAAUCACAAACAAGUGCUUAUGCUUAUUUUAAACUUAAAAUCUAUGUAAGUGUGUCCAUAUAUGUUUUUAUUAAGUAACAGUUUGUAUUAUUAUUGGCAAAGAGAUUUCUAAAAGCAGGAGAAAGAUGUACAACUUCAAACUUUCUUUUCUCAAAGUUUUCUUUAAGCUUUUUAAUUUGAAAAAUUUCAGCUGUAUAGGGUAAUAUAAAAAAAUGUACUUUUAUAAAAUACUAACGGAGAUUCAUCCUCAACUAACAAAAUAAAGAGAUUCAAAGGUUAAGAAAAAAAAAACAUAAAAUUUCUUUCUUUUGUCCCCCUGCCUCUCAUGUUAAAUAUCAUGUUAAAAAAUAUUAGUUGCCAUAAUAUUAAUAUAGUUUCAAUAUCUUUUAAAGGAUCAAAAUCAUGAUGAUGUGUCUGGAAACCAACUCUUACCUGGUAAGGUCAAUUCUAAAAGUAAGAAUUGAUUUUCUAAUAGUAAUGAAAUAUGAAUCCCUUUAUGUUGUUAUCCACAAUAUUCCUAUAUAAGUUGUUGUUGUUCGGGAGUCGACCAUGACCACUGUAAUGAUCAGAGUUUUUAUUGGUUCUGUCUUGUGGGUGCGCAGAUGGCUAUGUAAGUACCUUCAAUGGGACAAAUUUGUAACAGCAUAUUGAUAUAUUGACAAGAUGUUUUCUUUCUUCAUUUUAACUUAAAUUUAUUUAUCUUGUUUAUUUUAAGAUGAAGUAUAAAUACCAUAAAUGGAACUGAUGACUGAAAAGAAAACAACAGAGGAUUUCAAGUGAAAUAAAGGUUACACACAGUAUUUAUAGAAAUAUGACUACGAACCAUAUUAUAUUUCACUGACUGAAUGUACCAUAAAAGGAUCAACAAACCUUUUUUUCUUUUUUUUUGGUAGCUUUCCCCACCAUUGGAUCUUUCUUAUGCUUUAAGUUUCUUCUUGGGUCUCAAAUGCUCAACUUCAUGACUGUCCAUAUUCAGACAGCAUGGUAAGGCU